AUGCGCAACUCCAUUACCUCCCUCCUUCUCUCUUUGGCCAUUGCCAGCUCAGCCCAGGAAGAGAUUCCCGGACUCACUGACAUCAAAGAUUCGGAGUGUCAACUCAUUUUGCCUCUUGUCGAUGAGCUACGAGCGGUGCCGACAGCGGCGGAAUUCUGUUCGUCGCUCCUGGCCAUUCCUAUCGUUACCGACUACCGAAGUACAGCUAUGCCCAGCGACAGCAAUGAUAGUGACGGUGACAGCCGAAGCACCCGUCAAACGCGAUUACGUGCAGACGCUCAAUUCCAGCAGCACAUCAUGCACUCAAAGCAAGAAGCCCUCGACUACUGCGACUCCUUCAUCGACAUCCACGAAAUGCUCGAGCACAGCGACCUACCCGGUCGUGAAGCCCUCUAG